GAAGCACUUCCGGAAGUGGUGACUGCAGGCGGCGGAAACGCCGCUGAGACUCGGAGCGGCGGCGGGGAGCCUGCUGCGGGGCUCGGGGCCUGGAGGUGCCCACCACCCCACCCAGUCCGACCUAAAAGGCUUCUCCCACCCCACCCAUCUCCCUGGGUGGAACCUCGGGCCCAGGCGAGUCGAAGGGGCGUUCCGCGCUCCCCUCCGGCGGCUUGGGCUCUGUUGGGCGGUCGCCCAGACAACAGGCACUUCCGGGAAAGAAGCUCUGCGAAUCCCGCGGGGCAGGGUGCCGGCCUGGACCGCGGCCCUCUCGGACUGUGUGGAUCGUUGCCCGGCAGCACCUGCUUCCGGGAGCGCAUUGCCGGGCCUCUCGCACUGCGGCUUAACCACCUUAGGCUUCUGACUGGAGCUGGGGCCCCCUGUGUUUCUUUGUUGCUCCUGGCAACAGCCACUUCCGGGAGCGAGUGCCCCCCCCCCCGUUCCUGCAUCGCUGGCGCCCGAAACCCGAGUUCCGUCUCUAAGAAGCAGCUCGCCCUCGGGUUACGGUGGGCCGCGCCUCCCGGGCCUCCUCGCCGCCUCGGUGGGGUCUCCGGGGCCGCCAUGGUUCUGCUGCACGUGAAACGGGGCGACGAGAGCCAGUUCCUGCUGCAGACGCCGGGGAGCACAGAGCUGGAGGAGCUCACGGUGCAGGUGGCCCGGGUCUACAACGCGCGGCUCAAGGUGCAGCGCGUCUGCUCAGAAAUGGAAGAAUUAGCAGAACACGGCAUAUUUCUCCCUCCUAAUAUGCAAGGACUGACCGAUGACCAGAUCGAAGAACUGAAAUUGAGGGACGAAUGGGGUGAAAAGUGUGUACCCAGUGGGGGCUCAGUAUUUAAAAAGGAUGACAUUGGCCGAAGGAACGGGCAAGCUCCAAAUGAAAAAAUGAAGCAAGUUUUAAAGAAGACUAUAGAAGAGGCCAAAGCAAUAACAUCCAAGGUUAGCUUUUGAAACGAUGCCCUAUAGUCUGUCCUUUGAAAUAACCAACUCCACGUCUGGCUUCCAGAAUUCUCCGCAGACCGGCCUUUUCUAUUUCUUUGGCCUUCCAGAGUCAAGGGAGAGCAGCAUGCAUGGGGUGGCCCCUCACUUUUCCUUUCCAUAAUGGUGACCGUGUCCUCCCGGUUUGCGCAGGUCAGGCAGAGACUGUGCCCGGCCUGUGUGAGUGCCGAUCAGCGCCUGCGCGACGUCUGAGGAGCUUAGCAAAGUGAACGUAAACAUUGUGGGCCUGGAUUAGCUCUGUGGAUAUUUGAUUGACCUAGUAUGUGCUGAUAGGAGUUACUUUUUUGUGAUUGUCCUGAUAAUACAAAAACUGUUUCAUAGACAGAGAAGCGUAAGUCCUAUGGUUGACAGAUACCGUGAAUCUGGAGGAAAAGGAUUUAAGGCUGUUUGAAGAGUUGGGUUUUCAAUCAGUCGCUUUAUGUGUUGACCUGGUCAUUGCUCCCACCCCCUCCCCCAGGCCUUCACAGUUGAUAGCUGUUUGUGCAGGGGUUUUUCUGUUCUCCUCCUCCUGAUUCCCUGGGCAAAACUGCUACUUCUAAACCACUAUGUCCUGAAUUCUGCAAGCUCCUAACUAAUCCUCUUUAAGUGCUUCAGGAAAGACUGCCCUUCUAUGCUUGUUAAUACAGCAAAGGCUCUGUGAAGUCCUACAAGGAAGGCUUUGGUUCAGUCCAGCAAAAUGCAUUUGACCCUAGAAUGGUUUGU